AUGACUGGAAUACCGUCCCGUUCAUCAUUCCGAGCUUUGGCAUCAAAAAGCAGUUUCCGAGAGGUCCCGUUUAGUGAUGGGGAAAACAAUAUUCGCUCCGCUCUCAACGAAUUACAAUUGGAAAUGUCCGAUGAGGAACGAGAAACCUAUCCCAUCGAUGAGGACACAUUCAUGCGCAUGUAUAGGGCUUAUCUGAAAAAGACUGACCAGUUUUUGAACUGGGGUGAUAUCACACAACCAGAAGAGUUGAUCAAACAAUAUGACACUUUGGUGCAACCGAGCCACUCCGAGGCGGUCAAGUUGCUCAAUAAACUGGUCGUGAUCAAACUCAACGGCGGUCUGGGCACAUCCAUGGGCUGUUCCGGGCCCAAAUCACUCAUCCCCGUUCGGGAUGGAAAGAAUUUUAUUGAUCUCACUGUGGAACAGAUAAGCGUGAGUCAGUUCAUUUAG